GCCAUUUUGUAAGGCGCUGUGUGAUUUCUUCUAAUCGUUAUUUGCGAACAUUUCACGUUUCCUCAACGCGUAAGAUGCCUCCGAAGAAGAAGGAAGAAGAAAAGCCAACCCCUUUGAUGGGUAGAUUUGGAACUUCAUUAAAAUGUGGAAUUGUAGGGCUUCCAAACGUGGGAAAGUCGACGUUUUUUAAUGUUUUAACUAAAAGUGGAGCAGCUGCCGAGAAUUUUCCAUURUGUACCAUAGAUCCCAAUGAAAGUCGAGUAGCUGUACCAGAUGAGCGAUGGGACUAUUUAUGUGAACAAUUCAAACCACUAAGCAAAGUUCCAGCAUUUUUAAAUGUUGUGGAUAUUGCUGGAUUAGUGCAAGGUGCACAUGAAGGACAGGGUCUAGGAAAUGCAUUUUUAUCACACAUUUGGGCAUGUGAUGCUAUAUUCCAUCUCCUCCGCUCAUUUGAGGGUGAGGAUGUGACCCAUGUAGAAGGUGAUGUAAACCCAGUAAGAGAUCUUGAAAUUAUUUCUGAGGAACUUAGAAAAAAGGAUGAAGAAUACCUCAAAGACAAAGUGACGACAAUGGAGAAAACUACAAUACGAGGAGGAGGAGAUAAAAAGAAGCUUCAAGAAUAUGAAAUGCUCAAAAAGAUAUACACUUGGAUUGGAGAAGAAAAGAAACAUGCACGGUUUGGYCACUGGAAUGCAAAUGAGAUUGAACUGCUAAAUAGACAUUUAUUGCUGACGUCAAAGCCUGUUAUUUACCUUGUAAACUUAUCAGAAAAYGACUACACUAGGAAGAAGAAUAAGUUCUUGGCAAAAAUUAAAGAAUGGAUUGACAACAAUGAUAAAGGUGCAGUUAUUAUACCAUUCAGUGGAGAGUUGGAAGAGAAGCUUGUUGAAAUGAGUGAAGAAGAGAAAGCAAGUUAUUGUAAAGAACAUGGCACACAAUCGGCACUGAGCAAGAUCAUUACCACCGGGUUUAAAGCACUUCAAUUAGAGUACUUCUUCACGGCWGGAAAYGAUGAAGUAAAAGCCUGGACAAUACUGAAAGGAACCAAAGCACCACAGGCWGCUGGGAAAAUUCACACAGAUUUUGAAAAAGGUUUCAUCAUGGCCGAGGUGAUGAAGUUUUCAGAUUUUAAAGAACUUGGCUCAGAAUCUGCAGUGAAAGGUGCUGGCAAAUACCGACAAGAAGGAAAGAACUACGUUGUUCAUGAUGGUGACAUUAUCUUCUUUAAAUUCAAUGCUGGUGCAGGACUGACAGAUAAAAAGAAAGCAAAAUAGAUUAUAGACUGAUAUAUCGGUUUCGUCUUUAAUUCAAUGUAAAUGACUGACUCUCAGUCUGAAAAGAUGUAGAACAAUUAUUUUAUUGAAAUAAAUGGCACUAAAUCCCUUUGUGCUAAGGGCGGUGCACAGUAUUUUAACAACA